AUGAAAAGGAUAAGCAGUGUAGGUGUAGCAGUUGUUGACGAUUUUGUUUUCAACACUGCGGCUACUUUUGUACGACAAAAUUCAAUGGGCGCCUUUCUCGACAAGCCGAAAACUGACAAGAAUAAUGAUCAAGGAGUGGCACAUGGCACCCGAUAUGCAGUAGCAUCGAUGCAAGGUUGGCGUAUUGAUAUGGAAGAUGCUCAUGUUGUCGAAAUUUCAAUGUCUUCAGAGCCACCAUUUCUUAACUGGUCUUUCUAUGCCGUUUUUGAUGGACAUGCCGGAAAUAAAGCUGCUCAACAUUCAGCUGAAAAUUUGCUAAAGACGUUGCUUGCUACGUCACAAUUCGCCCAGAUAGUGCAGAAGCUGAAUCAUUCAUCAGGAGUAAUGGAUGCAGCAGCAUUGUCACUUCUCGAAGAAGGCAUUAAGGAAGGAUUUUUAACCUUGGAUACUAAACUACGAGAAAGACAUGAGACUGAUGAGGACAAUGAACGUAGCGGUACUACUGCCAUAUGCGCUAUCGUCACCCCAUCGCAUAUUGUCCUCGCGAAUCUUGGUGAUUCUCGUGCCGUGCUAGCACGGAAAGAUCAAGCAGCGUUUGGUACUGAGGAUCAUAAACCGUUCCUUCCAAAAGAACGCGAUCGUAUCGUAAAUGCUGGUGGUUCUGUGAUGAUUCAACGUGUCAAUGGAAGCUUGGCUGUAUCUCGAGCCCUCGGCGAUUUUGAAUACAAAGCUGUUCCAGGUUUGGAUGCAACGAAACAGUUAGUCAGCCCGGAACCAGAUAUCUAUACGAUUGUAAGAGAUCCGAAAGUGGAUGAGUUCUUGUUGCUUGCUUGUGAUGGAGUUUAUGAUGUCAUGGAAAAUGCCGAGAUUUGUAGUUUUGUAGAAUCGCGUCUUCUUGUAACCAGUGAUCUCUCUAGCGUUGCAAACCAGGUGCUGGAUGCUUGUUUAUCGAAAGGCUCACGAGAUAACAUGACUAUUAUACUUGUGUGUUUUGAUGCAGCACCAAAAGUUGAUCAGGAAGCUGUUAAAAAAGAAGAAGGGUGGAAGCAAAAGAUCUUUGAACGAGUGCAAGAAAUUCUCGAAGAGCAUGGGAAGCAAUCACAUGUAGAUGCAGAAUUUAUAAUGCGUGAAUUAGGCGGAGAAGUGACACAAGCCUGUCCUGCAGGUGUCAGUAUCCAUGCAGCACGAUCAGUGGUUGAUAGUAUUUUGGCGGAGCGUGAAGCAAAGAGUGAAAAAACGCGUUCAGCUUCAUCUUCACCUGGAAGAACUUAA